AUGCGACCCUCUUUUUUUUGCCAGUUACGACAACAUGUUGAACCUAAUGUUGAAUCAUAUGGUAAUACAUCUAAUGUACAUCUUAAUAAACCUCAUGCUAACCCAACUUAUGACAAUCUUAAAGUGGAUAUACAUGUUUUUAAUACUUAUGUGAAUAAGAUAUUGGAUGAAAGUAACGAAUUUGAAGACUUAGGAAAUGAGAAUCCUCAAAACAAAGAGGCUAACAUUCAUAGUAAAAUAAAUGAAGAUGGCGAUGAGGAUGAUAACACCCUCAUUGCCAACAUCAUGAAAAGGAUUGUUGAAGAAAAGGCUGAUCAAAAACCAUCUCUGAUGGUUUUGAAAAUCUUAGCUAAGUCUCUUACUGAUAAAGCUAAAGGUAAAGAGCAUAAGGUUGAUACUUCAAAUCCUACUAUAAAUAUUCUGAAGCUGAAAACUCCUAGGGCAAUUCCUCUGAAAAAGAAGAAAGAUAUUCCUUCUAAAACUCAUCUUGUGAAGAAGAUUACUCCUCAGAGGUCACCUGUGAGUAAGAGGAGAAGAUUUGAUGAGAAAAAUGAAGAGAAGAAGUCACUCAAAAGAAAACUUGUUCAAUCUAACAUUCCAAACAAGAAUGGUGGGUCUCUAACCCUUGAUAAGAAGCUAUGA